UCCGCCUUGCCGCCCCGCCCCUGCCGGCCUUCCCCUCUCCUGCUACCCUCCCGCAGCCGAAAACCCCGGCAUCCGCGCGCUCCGCGGCCAUGGAGAUACCCGGGAGUCUGUGCAAGAAAGUCAAGCUGAGCAAUAACGCGCAGAACUGGGUGAGUGGGGGCACAGGGCGAGAGGGCGAGGAGCUGAGACUGAUUUGGGAGCCUCCGGCUGCAGCUCGCUGUGGAACCGCUGUCUCCCUCCUGCCUCCUUCGCAUCCUUCCCGGAUCGCGGAGGGGAUGCAGAGAGCAACUAAUGUUACCUAUCAAGCCCACCAUGUCAGCCGGAACAAGAGAGGUCAGGUGGUGGGGACCAGAGGUGGUUUUCGUGGUUGCACGGUUUGGCUAACAGGCUUGUCUGGAGCAGGGAAGACUACCGUGAGCAUGGCUUUGGAGGAAUACUUGGUUUGCCAUGGGAUUCCAUGCUACACUUUGGAUGGUGACAAUAUUCGUCAAGGUCUCAAUAAAAAUCUUGGCUUUAGUCCUGAAGACAGAGAAGAGAAUGUGCGACGCAUUGCAGAAGUCGCUAAGCUGUUUGCAGAUGCUGGCUUAGUAUGCAUUACGAGUUUCAUCUCGCCUUAUACACAGGAUCGCAACAAUGCGAGGCAAAUUCAUGAGGGUGCGAGUUUACCCUUUUUUGAAGUAUUUGUUGAUGCUCCUCUGCAUGUUUGUGAACAAAGGGAUGUCAAAGGACUCUACAAAAAAGCACGGGCAGGAGAAAUUAAAGGUUUCACUGGGAUUGAUUCUGAAUAUGAAAAACCAGAGGCCCCUGAAUUGGUGCUGAAAACAGACUCCUGUGAUGUAAACGACUGUGUCCAGCAGGUUGUGGAACUUCUACAGGAACGGGAUAUCGUACCUGUGGAUGCCUCUUACGAAGUAAAAGAACUGUAUGUGCCAGAAAAUAAACUUCACUUGGCAAAAACAGAUGCAGAAACAUUACCAGCAUUGAAAAUUAAUAAAGUGGAUAUGCAGUGGGUGCAGGUUUUGGCAGAAGGUUGGGCAACCCCCCUGAAUGGCUUUAUGAGAGAGAGGGAGUACUUACAGUGCCUUCAUUUCGAUUGUCUUCUGGAUGGAGGCGUGAUUAACCUGUCAGUGCCCAUAGUUCUGACAGCUACUCACGAAGAGAAAGAGAGGCUGGAUGGCUGCACGGCAUUCGCUCUGGUCUAUGAGGGCCGCCGUGUGGCUAUUCUUCGUAAUCCAGAAUUUUUUGAACACAGGAAAGAGGAGCGCUGUGCCAGACAGUGGGGAACAACAUGCAAGAACCACCCCUACAUCAAGAUGGUUAUGGAACAAGGAGAUUGGCUGAUUGGUGGAGAUCUUCAGGUCCUGGACCGAAUUUAUUGGAAUGAUGGUCUCGAUCAUUACCGUCUCACUCCUACUGAGCUAAAGCAGAAGUUUAAAGACAUGAAUGCUGAUGCUGUCUUUGCAUUUCAAUUGCGUAACCCAGUACACAACGGACACGCUCUGUUAAUGCAGGAUACCCAUAAACAACUUCUGGAGAGGGGCUACCGGCGCCCAGUCCUCCUCCUUCACCCUCUUGGCGGCUGGACAAAGGAUGACGAUGUUCCUUUGAUGUGGCGUAUGAAGCAACAUGCCGCCGUGCUGGAGGAAGGGAUCCUGAAUCCUGAAACCACAGUGGUGGCCAUCUUCCCAUCUCCCAUGAUGUAUGCUGGACCGACUGAGGUCCAGUGGCAUUGCAGAGCACGGAUGGUUGCAGGAGCCAAUUUUUACAUUGUUGGCCGAGACCCGGCUGGGAUGCCUCAUCCAGAAACUGGGAAGGAUCUUUAUGAGCCAACUCAUGGUGCCAAAGUGCUGACAAUGGCCCCUGGUCUAAUCACCCUGGAAAUAGUUCCCUUUCGAGUUGCAGCUUACAACAAGAAAAGGAAGCGUAUGGACUACUAUGACUCUGAACAAGAUGGUGUAUUGCUCAGGCUGGUCUUGAAUUCCUGGCCUCAAGUGACUCUCCUACCUUGGCCUCCUGAAUUGCUGGGAUUACAAGCAUGAGCCACCACUACCAGACUCAUACAGACAUUUAAAUGAUGUUUUUCCUAAGAAGAUGAGAGCUGUUAAAAUAUUGAGUUGAAUGUAUAUGUUUAUAUUCCUGUCUUCCUGGUAAUUCAGGGAAUAGGAAGGGCCUACAGGGUGACUAGGGUAAGGUGUUAGAUGCCUGAAUUAAAGGAUAUCUGCUCUGUAGAUAGAGAUGGUAUUAUAAAGUAUUGACAUUGAUUUUUUCCUGUGACUCAUUUAAAUGAGUUACACUAUUUUAUAUUCACAUGAUAUAUUUAUAGCAUUUCAUAAUAAAAGUCUUACACAUGUUUCAAAGGGGAGUAGAGGGUUCACUAAAAUCCUGGUAUAUCACUGGGAAGCUGGAAAGGCCAGAAUUGGGGUCCACACUGAUCUAAGAGGCGGAACUAGAUGCUAGACCAAGUAUCAGGUUGAUCUUACGAACUGACGGUAGUGGUCAAGCAUAGGUGGAGGCCAGGUGAACGAUGUUGGUAAUAAAACUAAGCCUAAGGCUUACAAGCCCUGUGAGCAGUCAGGUCACUGACACAGACAACAAAAGUCAGAGAAGCAGAAGGACAGACCAGAAACCCUGCUUGAUCAGUAAGGAAAUCAUGAUAAUUCUUUUCUUGGUGACAACUCAGGAGAUGUUAGUGUAAAUGAACCAGCUAGAAAGAUGGUGUGAAGGUUCCUAGAAGUGGGUGAGGUGGGAGAGAGAAGACAGAUCUGAAAAGGAUUAUUGAGGAGAUGGUUAUAAAGGGCAUGUCAUAACUUCUAGCAUGAAUAAUCCAGGUUUAAAUAAAAAGCAAUGUAGAAUUAGCCCAGUUAAUCACAGUGUUUGAAAAGGGUAAAUUCUUCCUUUUGCCAGAAUAUGGAGAGUAGUGACUCAUUUAGGGUGAUGAAUGGUUCUAUCAUGAAUCAGUAAAUUUUCCUGUGCAUAUACCUUUUAUUCUUUUAUAUUUCCUCAAACAUUUACUGAGCUCUUAGGUAAUAAAGUACCUGAUCACUGGUCAAUAAAUAUUUAUUGAAUAUGUUCUGUGUUGUGUACUAUUCAGAAUGCUCUUUGCUGCUACAGUCUGUCCUUUCAGUGUGAGUUAAUAGUCGAACUGCUGUGAGACCAGAAUGGGAGGCAUAAUGCUAUGGGGGUACCCUGUUACCUGUUCUCAUCAGGGUCAGUGUUCCACUUAAUUGAGGUUACAUGUUAAUUAAAGAUUACAUUAUUUAAAAUUAUUUGGAAUCACUUUUGGUAGAGAUUUUUUUAAAGAAAGUUAUUCAUACAAAUUAUUGAAAAUAAUUUGAUAAUUCUAUUUGAUUUUGGUAAUGAUGAUAAUUGAUAAAAAUCACUAUCGUAAAAAACUGUGGAAAACAU